AUGGGCGGGCUCCCAUGGCCGCCAGAGCGCAACCGCCCAGAGAUGACCGAUAGAGAGGCUGGAGAGGCCAAAGAGGCCAGAGACGCUAGCGCAGCCGCGGAGCGCAGAGCGCGCCCGGUCAAGCGGGCUUGCCCCGCCGGCACGGCAGCCGUACCGGCUGCCGCGCAGCGGUUGCAGUGCGAGUUCUACCUGGAGAAGAAACAGCGACGCUGCGGCAUGUCGCGGCGGCCGGGCGUGGCGUACUGCUCGGAGCACCUGAACCAGCUGCAGGGCGCGGCGCAGCCGCCGAGCGCCAAGGGCCGCCGUGUGCCGUGCCCGCUGGACCCGCGCCACACGGUGUGGGAGAAGGACGUAGCGCGGCACACGCGCAAGUGCAACACGACGAAGCAGGCGGCGCGGCCGCGCGCGGCCGAGGAGCCCUGGUUCCGCGCGGACUACAACGCGGACCCUGAGCGCGGGGCCGCCGAGGUCGGAGCCGCCGGAGCCGCCGAUCCCGCGGAUCUCGCAGCCGCGGAGCCCGCAGCCGCGGACCCUGGAAACGCAAACGCAAACGCAGCCGCGGACCCCGACGACCAAGCCGCCGUGCUUGCGGCUAUCCCCGUGCUCCGCCGCUACGCCGCCGCGGGCCUCGCCGCCGCGCUGCCACUCGUGGCCAAGCACAACGCCGCCGUCGAGUCGCGCCGCUUCCCGCAGCUUCAGGGCUCCCGCAAGCACGCGUGCCAGCAGUCGUCGCUGAUCCAGCACAUGCUGGACGCGGGCCUGUUUCCACGCGACGCGCGCGACCCGCUCACGUUCCUGGAGUUCGGCUGCGGCCGCGCCGAGCUCUCGCGCUACGUCAACCAGAGCGUGUUCGCACACCAAACGGCGCUGGACCCCGCGCGCGCGCCCGAGCCGCCUCGCUUCGUGCUGGUGGACCGCGCGUCCAACCGCAUGAAGUUCGACAAGAAGUUCCGCGACGACCUGGACGAGCUCUACGCCGCAGACCGGCCCGCGCAGCAGCCUGCGUACGCGCACGUGCUGCGCAAGAAGAUCGACAUCAAGGACCUGGUCGUGGACCGGCUGCUGGAGGCGCGCGCGGCCGGCGCCGACGCGGACGCUGCCGCCGAUGUAGCCGCCGAUGUUGACGCUGCCGCCGCCGGCGCCGACGCCGGCGACUGCGUCGCCAUCUCCAAGCACCUGUGCGGCGUCGCCACGGACCUCACGCUGCGCUGCUGUGUGAACAGCGACGCGCUGCACCGCCGCGCGCGGCGGCUCCGCGGCAUGGUGAUCGCGAUGUGCUGCCGGCACGUGUGCGACGCGAAGCAGUACGUGAACCGGGCGUACGUGGAGCCGCUGGCGCAAGAGUCUGGGCUCGCGUACGCGGCGUUCUUCCGGGCGCUGAAGAAGAUCGCGACGUGGGCCGUGUGCGGGCGGCGGGCCGGCGUGGCGGACGCGGAGGUAGGCGGCCACUUCACGGAGCUAAGCGUCGCGGAGCGCGAGCGGCUGGGCGAGUGCGCGCGGCGCGUGAUCGACGAGGGCCGGGCGCGGUUUCUACGGGAGCGCGGGUACCGGGUGUCGCUGGUGAGGUACGUGGAGCCGGCGGUGUCGCUGGAGAACGUGGCGAUGGUGGUGGUGCGGGAGAGCGCGGGCGCGGGCGAGGCCGCGUAG